CGCGGUGGUUCUUCCCACAAAGGUGAACACUCAACGCGCACACAAAAAAAAAAUCAGCAGAAGACAAACUGAAGACAUUUUUUUUCUCGCCAACCGGUGAAAACCUAGAAACGUCACAAGUCAGCGAUACAACAUGGCAUCCCUCGUGGCUACCGUCGUCGACGGCUACAACAGCAUAUGGGACCUCAGAGAUAGGAGAGUGGAGAAUUGGCUGUUUAUGAGCUCGCCGCUGUCGACGCUGGCAAUCUGCUUGACCUACGUCAUGCUCGUCAAAGUGUGGGGACCCGCCUACAUGAAGGACCGACCAGCCUUCCAGUUCCGCCGCACUUUGGUCAUCUAUAACGCGAUACAAGUCAUCUUCAGCACGUGGCUCUUCUACGAGUCGCUGAUGGGUGGAUGGCUACAGUACUACAGUUUAAAGUGCCAACCAGUUGACUAUAGUGACGAUCCUAUUGCCAUUCGGAUGGUCUACGCCUGCUGGUGGUACUACUUCUCCAAGUUCACCGAGUUCUUCGAUACCUUCUUCUUCGUUUUGCGCAAAAAGGACGAGCACGUCUCCCUUCUUCACGUCGUCCACCACGGUAUUAUGCCGAUGAGUGUCUGGUUCGGAGUCCGCUUCACUCCCGGUGGCCACUCUACCUUUUUCGGUUUGCUCAACACCUUCGUCCACAUUGUCAUGUACUUUUACUACAUGGUGGCCGCCAUGGGUCCCCAAUACCAAAAGUUCAUUUGGUGGAAGAAAUACCUCACUGCUUUCCAGAUGGUUCAAUUCAUCGCUAUUGUGGUGCACGCUUUCCAACUUCUCUUCAUCGAUUGCAACUACCCCAAGGCCUUCGUCUGGUGGAUCGGCUGCCACGGCGUUCUCUUCUUCUGCCUCUUCUCUGAUUUCUACAAACGCAGCUACAAAAACGCAAAGUCUCGCAUUGCGGCGGCUACGAAUGGCUUGAAAGCCAAUGGACACAGUAACGGAUACUCUAAUGGCACUAGCAAUGGUCACAGCAAUGGUCACACCAACGGGCACGCCAACGGCCACACCAAUGGUCACGCCAACGGCAAAGUACACGAGAAGAACGGCCACACCAACGGCCACUCAAACGGCUACACCAAUGGAGCUCUUCAUUCCAAGAAUGAAUAGAUGGCCCAAAUGCCUAUGGAUAAAAAAAAAACAAAAAGCCUUUCCUUCGUAUCUCUUAAUUGUUUUCUUUUUUUUUUUUUUUUUUGAGUUUUUUCACCCCCAUUAACAAUUUCUUCUUUCGUCCCCUGUUCCAUCCGUUCUUAUUAUUACGUUAUUUUUUCUUUAUUUUUUUUUUUUUUUUUUUAUUAAGAGAAAUCUUCUCCUUUCACGCCCGCCUUAUUUUACCUGCGCGCGAGAACUGGAAGAACAGUUUUCUCUCUCCGUGUAGCCUCAGGAUUAUCCCAAAUGAUCAUCCUUUAUUACAAACAUUUUUUUUUUUUUUGCUCUUCCUCUUCUUUUUUUUUUUUUUUGCUUAUCAAAUUUCUUCGAUACACUCCCUCCAUCGACUCCAGCCUUUUUUUUCUUUCGCGUACCUCGCCCCGGUACGUGAAUACAUAAUUUUUUUUUUUUUUUUUGCUCCGCGUGUGUGUCAUAGCAAAAGAAGAAAAAAAAAAAGGAUACAAAAAAAAAACAAGCGAGAAGACGAAACAAUUACAAAUAAUAAUAAUAAUAAUAAUAAAAGAAAAAAAAAACACUACCUUUAACGGUAUCAGUUUGUUCGACUUUACUAUGACGUAGAGGUGUAGCAAUGGGGUUAUUUGUUUACGUGUACAUAAAAGGCAUAUCCAAGUUUUCAAGAUACACACGUACACGCGCACAAACUAUAUCACAUCGAUUGGUGUAAUGUGUGUGUAUCCCGUAAUUCUUUCGCUUCUCCCUCCCCCCUCCCCACAAGUUGAAAGCUGCCUUCCUCUCUUUUUUUUUUUAUCUUCAAUUUAUUAUUAUUAAUGAUAUCGAAUAAUUUUUUUUUUCUUAUUCUUCUUUCACCCCCCCCCCCCCCUUUCAAAUACCUGAUACAAAGGGUCUCUUGUUGAGUUCACGUGUUUUUCGGAUUGAUCCAUCGCCAAUAGGAGUUUAGUUGAAACGAACAAAAAAUAAGAAAACGAAAGAAUAAAGGAAAUCAAGGAGAGAAUGAUGUUCUUCUGUCAUUUGUUUUUGUUUAGUUGUUCUUUCCCCAUUUUUCUUCAUCUAUUUUCCUUGUGCUCAAGUGCCGAAUCAAUAAAUCGAGGAACGACAGAAACGAAAGAAGAAACAUCACAAACGAAAAACAAAAACUGGAAUUCAAAAAAGAAAAACAAAAGACAACAGUCCAGUCAAAUGCGAGGACCAAAAAAAAAAAAAAAUAUUACAGAAAUAAAUGAUUAUCUUUUUUGUUUUCUAUUGUUGCCUUUGUCCAAGUUUUCGAUAAGUCCCCCCCCCCCACUCCCCUUCCCCCCACGAAAUUCCUGUUCAUGGAACGAUGGUACUCGUCUGGAACAAAAUAACAGGAAAAAAGAAAGAAUACGAAACCCUUUGAAUCCCGUCUUUAUUAUUUUCUUCCCCUCUUUUUUGUCUUUGACUUUUUACGUUAAGAGAAACCAAACGUGUUUUCUACAUCCCACCCCCCGUUCCCUACCCUCUCUUCACGAUUCAUUUUGAUGUUUUUUUCUGGAAUCGAAAACACAAUAAAGAAUUAAUAAAGAAGAAAUUU